UGAAAAAUGUGUCCCAAUAUUUAUGCUAAAAAAGAUGUAGGUUCAAGCAUUGUGAAAACAUAGUUGCUAUUGCUACAAAUCCUGUGAUUCUGAUAUGUUUUAAAUAUGCACCUGUCACAUAGGUAGAAGAUGAUGGUUUUCCUUCCUUAGGGACAUCAUAACAGAUACAAUUUGUCAGUGGAGCAUCUGAAGAAAAUGUCUGUGAUAUUGCGUUAUCAGAAGUGAACUAUGUAUUGCAUGGCAAGAUUCCUUUCUUAAGAAAUGUUCUCCAACGUAAUGUUACAGACUGAAGAAGAAAAAGAAAUUUUCUUAUGUAUGUUGCGGCAAAUAUGUGAAUGUGAAGGUGGUGCAGAAAAUUAUAAGAGAUGUUACUCAUACCUGAAAAAAGAGACUGCUCAGUGGUUUUUUGAAGAAGCCACGAAGUGUCAUUAUGGCACAAUAACUAGCUACGACGACAUGGUUGAAAUCGGCUGUUCUAUUCCCCGCGAAGAUUUUUAUGAUUGUUUUAAGAAGAUGGAUGAAAAAGUAAGGGUGAAAACAAUAGAGACGAGCAAUAAUCCAAUGAAAUACGAUGAAUUUAUUGGACUUGAGUCAUCCAGAAGCUGCUGUGUACCUAACCUGUCGAUGUGUGUCGACAACCCAGAUGAUUGUUUCUAAAUUGCCCUUACUUCCGCUCCGUUGGCAAAACAGUUUCUCCUACAUGCUUUCUACAGUAUUCAAAAAAGAAGAAGGUGUUGGAUAUUUCCUUAUUUAAUCUGUGACUUAAUGUUUGUUUUGUUAAAUGAUACUCUUAAAAAGCUAUCAAUAAAUAUUUAUUUUGAAAGUG